AGAGCAGUGGCCCCAGAAGCUGAUCAUGCAGCUCAUCCCACAGCAGCUGCUGACCACCCUAGGUCCCCUGUUCCGGAACUCGAGGAUGGUCCAGUUCCACUUCACCAACAAGGACCUGGAGUCGCUCAAAGGCCUCUACCGCAUCAUGGGCAACGGCUUCGCCGGCUGCGUGCACUUCCCCCACACGGCCCCCUGCGAGGUGCGCGUGCUCAUGCUGCUGUACUCGUCCAAGAAGAAGAUCUUCAUGGGCCUCAUCCCCUACGACCAGGGCGGCUUCGUCAACGGCAUCCGCCAGGUCAUCACCAACCACAAGCAGGUCCAGCAGCAGAAGCUGGAGCAGCAGCAGCGGGGGAUGGGGGCACAGCAGGCGCCCCCUGGGCUGGGCCCCAUUCUGGAGGACCAGACGAGGCCCUCACAGAAUCUGCUCCAGCUCCGCCCGCCGCAGCCCCAGCCUCAGGGCUCCGUGGGGGCCUCUGCAGCAGCAGGGCAGCCGCAGCCCCAGAGUGCUGCCCAGGCCCCCCCUGGCGGCCCCCCAGGCCCUCCUGGAGCAGCCCCCGGCCCACCCCCUCCCGGACCCAUCCUUCGGCCCCAGAACCCCGGGGCCAACCCCCAGCUGCGGAGCCUCCUCCUCAACCCCCCACCGCCCCAGACGGGCGUCCCUCCGCCCCAGGCCUCCCUCCACCACCUGCAGCCCCCAGGGGCCCCCACCCUGCUACCCCCGCCGCACCAGGGCCUGGGACAGCCGCCGCUGGGGCCUCCCCUCCUGCACCCGCCACCCACCCAGCCUUGGCCUGCUCAGCUCCCCCCGCGGGCUCCACUGCCAGUGGCAAAGCGAAAGCGAGAACGAGAGGGCAGCGUGUUUCGAGAAAAGUGGGAGCGAGCCUAUUUCUUUGUGGAAGUGAAGAGCCUGCCCACGUGUCUUAUAUGCAAAAAAAUCGUGUCAGUGCUGAAAGAAUACAACCUGAGGCGCCACUAUGAGUCCAAGCACAGCAAGAGCUACGACCAGUACACGGAGCAGACGCGGGACGCCGUCCUCAACGAGCUCAAGAAGGGGCUCGAGUGCCAGGCAUGUGCUGAGCGCCCCUGGGUGGCCCCCCAUGUCCUUUGCAAGUUCAGCCUUUGGCCAAAGGCUCCCCCAGCUGCUUCACUUGCACCUUCUCAGGGACACCUGCGCCCCGCACCCCAGUGUGCCUCCUGGCGGGUGCGGAGCCCCUGGGGCCGGCCCAGCGGUCAGGUUGUGGGCUGGCGCCAGGGCUGCUGCCAGCAAGGGCCCCCGGCUCCUGCAAGGCUCCUGCGGGCUCCGCGUGCUUUGGGUUUGGGGACGCUCGCUGGGGGGGCGUGUACGGCUCCGUGGCUUCCUGCUGGCAUGUUCCAGGGCGCUGCAGCCCCGCCAGCUGCCCUGAUUGCCCACUCCAGGUGCCCCCACCCAUCUGGGCACCACCUCGCCUGGCGGCUGUGGCUGGGCUGUGCGGGGAGGGCAGGUGGGCCCGGGGCUCCGAGCUGGCGAGGGGGACGGACCCGGACUUGGCGGGAGGCCUGGCCAGCGGCGUCCGUGGGCUGGCGGCCUCCAACCUGUCCCCCACCUCUGCCGCAGCCCGGCGCGCGGGUCUUCGGGGCGCUGGGUCCCAUCGCGCCCUCUUCGCCCGUGCUGGCCCUGGGGGGCCUGGCCGUGGGUGAGCACCGGCUCAGCAACAAGCUGCUGGCCUGGAGCGGCGUCCUCGAGUGGCAGGAGAAGCGCAGGCCCUACUCGGACUCGGCAGCGAAGCUCAAGCGCACCCUCCCCUGCCAGGCCUAUGUGAACCAGGGCGAGAACCUGGAGACUGACCAGUGGCCCCAGAAGUUGAUCAUGCAGCUCAUCCCGCAGCAGCUGCUGACCACCCUGGGCCCCCUGUUCCGCAACUCGCAGCUGGCGCAGUUCCACUUCACCAACAGAGACUGCGACUCGCUCAAGGGCCUCUGCCGCGUCAUGGGCAACGGCUUCGCCGGCUGCAUGCUGUUCCCCCACAUCUCCCCCUGCGAGGUGCGCGUGCUCAUGCUGCUGUACUCGUCCAAGAAGAAGAUCUUCAUGGGCCUCAUCCCCUACGACCAGGGCGGCUUCGUCAACGGCAUCCGCCAGGUCAUCACCAACCACAAGCAGGUCCAGCAGCAGAAGCUGGAGCAGCAGCAGCGGGGGGCACCCGAGUUCAGCCCGCCUUGA